CCGCAUGGCCCCGCUGCAAGUACUUGCCUCCAGGGUUGUGCCGUCAGUGCGACUGCGCGCGAGCCGGGUGCCGCGGUACUUAAGUUCGCUGCACACAGUGUCAGAGGUAGCCAUGAAGAGAGCGGAUUCCGAGCAGUCCGCUAAGCGGCCUCGCUGCGAUAGCAGCCCAAGAACGCCUCAGAGAACCCCUCCUGCAGCGGCAAACGCGUCUCCCGGCUCCGACCUCCACACCGACCUCCGGACCUGGGAAGUGGAGGACGUGUGCUCCUACUUAGAGGGAUGCGGCUUCCGAGAUAAGAAAGUGCUGGACAGCUUCAAAGAAAAUAAAAUCACUGGUUCAUUUCUGCCCUUUCUCGAUGAGUCUCGUCUUGAAAAACUUGGAGUAAGUUCCUUGGAGGAGAGGAAGAAGAUGAUUGCAUGUAUCCAAGAACUGAGUCAAUCUCAUGUAGAGCUAAUGAAGGUAUUCAAUGAUCCUAUUCAUGGCCAUAUUGAGUUCCACCCUCUCCUUAUCCGAAUCAUUGACACACCUCAGUUUCAAAGGCUUCGAUACAUCAAACAGCUGGGAAGCGGCUACUAUGUUUUCCCAGGAGCUUCACACAAUCGAUUUGAACACAGUCUGGGGGUUGGGUACCUAGCAGGCUACCUCGUUCGAGCACUCGCAGAAAAACAGCCAGAGCUACAGAUCAGUGAGCGAGAUAUGCUCUGUGUUCAGAUUGCUGGGCUCUGCCAUGACCUUGGUCAUGGGCCAUUUUCUCAUAUGUUUGAUGGAAGAUUUAUCCCACGUGCUUGCCCAGGUAACAGGUGGAAGCAUGAACAGGGAUCAGUUAAGAUGUUUGAGCAUCUGGUUGAUUCUAAUAACCUCGAACCCAUCAUGAAAAACUAUGGGCUCAACCCUAAAGAAGAUAUUGAGUUUAUCAAGGAACAAAUUAUGGGACCACUUGAAACUCCAGUCAAGGACUGCUCGGAUUCUCUUGUUUUCCAGUGGCCAUAUAAAGGACGUCCUGCUGAGAAGAGCUUCCUUUAUGAGAUAGUGGCUAACAAAAGAAAUGGCAUUGAUGUGGACAAAUGGGAUUAUUUUGCCAGGGACUGUCACCAUCUUGGAAUCCAAAACAAUUUUGAUUACAAGCGGUUUGUUAAGUUUGUCCGGAUCUGUGACGUGGAAGACACAACCAAUGGCUAUAAAAUGAAGCACAUUUGUACUAGAGAAAAGGAGGUUGGGAAUCUGUAUGACAUGUUCCACACACGCAACUGCUUACACCGCAGAGCUUAUCAACAUAAAAUCAGCAACCUCAUCGAUAUAAUGAUCACAGAGGCCUUCCUCAAAGCUGACCCCUACAUAGAGAUUCUGGGGACCAAUGGGAAUAAGUGUCGUAUUUCUACAGCCAUUGAUGACAUGGAAGCCUUCACCAAGCUAACAGAUAACAUUUUCCUGGAGAUUUUACACUCUACUGAUCCAAGGUUGUCUGAGGCACGAGAAAUUUUAAGGAACAUCGAAUGCCGUAAUCUAUACAAGUAUUUGGGUGAGACCCAGCCAAAUGGUCAAGUCAAGAUUAAAAAGGAAGAAUAUGGUCAGCUUCCCCAAGACAUUGUUGACACCAAACCUGACAUGCACCUGGAUGCCCAACUGAAGGCCGAGGAUUUCAUAGUGGAUGUUAUCGUCAUGGAUUAUGGGAUGAAAGACAAGAAUCCAAUUGACCACGUUCAUUUCUACUUUAAAAAUAACACGAAGCAUGCAGUCAAGAUCACUAAAGAUCAGGUGUCAAAGCUUCUGCCACAGAAAUUCACAGAGCAGCUCAUUCGCGUGUACUGUAAGAAGACAGACAAGAAGAGCCUGCACGCUGCUAGGCAACAUUUCACCCAAUGGUGUGCAGACAGAAACUUCACCAAGCCACAGGAUGGUGACAUCAUAGCCCCACUUAUAACACCUAUGAAAUGGCAGGAAGAAGUUCCACGUUAUUGCCAAGAAACAUCCAAAGCCAAAGUAUCCCUAAAAUUUUAAGUGGAUGCCUGCAAUUGGUUCUUUAUGAAAACCUCUUCCCCUCUUCACAAUUAAGUUAGGAAAUAUAAUCAGAGUCCACUAGUGAUUUUUAUUUAGUAUUUUGAAUGUACACACAUAAUGAGGGGUAAGUCAUUUUUACUCAAAACACAAAAUGGUAAUAGUAGCAAAAGUUUGCUAUGCUUACUGUGGAGUUUGAAAGAGAAUGGCCCUAUAAGCUCAUAUACAGAGAGUGACACUGUUUGAAAGGAUUACAAGGAUCAGGAGGUGUGGCCUUCCUGGAGGAAGUGUGUCACUGGGAGUGGCCUUUGAGGUUUCUCUCUUUCUCUGUUUGUGGGUCAGGAUGUAGCUCUCAGCUGCUGCUCCAGCACCAUGCUCCCCACUGUGAUGACAGUGGACUAACCCCUAAAGCUGUAAGCCAGCCCCAAUUAACUGCUUUCUUUUAUAAGCAUUGCCUUGGUCAUGGUGUGUCUUGACAGCAAGAGAACAGUGACUAAGACACAUGCUACGAAAAGUAUGAGCUUGUGCAUUUUUAACGUUAAUUGAAACCUUUCUCCUUUAGCAACCUAUUUUUUCAGGAUAACUCCCAUUUCUUCUGAACUCUUGGGACAAAUGAUUCUCUUUUGUUUUUAAUUUAGAAGUUGAGACCAAGGGCACAAAUUGGAAUUCAAAGUUGAAAUUGUCAUACACCACAUGGUGAAAAAAAAAUCGUAGCCCCCCUGAAGAGGUGCCCCUCACCCUGCUUCUCCCAAGGAGAGAAAGCUGCCAACCCCCUCCAUCCCUGUUAAGUGCCAGUCUGGGGAACAUCAGGGGGCAGCUCUUUGAGAGGAGUUGAGGUGCGCCAGGCAAGUCUACCAGUGUCCUGCCGCUCCAGCCCUGUCUCCUAAUAUAACCCUCCUGCCCCUGCUGUAGGAGCUGCUAGUGUCAGAGGGCACCUCACACCAGGCUGCUCUCUGAGUCUGCUGUGGCCCCCGACAAGCUCAGCUUCUUUGCACCUGAAGCCAUUCCAGUCCCAGGGGACACACCACUGCCAGCCUGGGAACCUUCUUCCACCUCCUCGGAGUUGGACCAGUCAACUGUUCAGAGACCACCACAGACCCCGUCCUGACUGCUCGCACCUGGGAUGUCACCACCGCUACUUCAUUGUGUUUACGGGUUUCAGAAUAUUCGGGACUACGUUUGUGAGCCUAGUGGCCACCCAGUGGGUCACAUGCUCCCCCAUGUAGCCUGCUAUUCCUAGCAGAACAGACCAUCAUGGUCGAGUAGUCACCCAUGCUGCUCCCCCACCCACACUGUGCACAGCUUCACCAAGAACCAAAGGGGAUAGCAGCCAGAGAUGCUGGAGGCAUGGGCCAUGGGGCCAGAGGCAGCAGCUGCAGAUGACUCCCCUAAGUGAGGUGGCAGCCCUGGCAGUGAGCAGCUUGAGUAUAUUGAGUAUGCCUGUGCCACCUCUCCCCUCUGGGUAGCCAGGUUCUAUUUAUUUGUGGGUAAAAGAGUACUUGGUGUGUCUGCCUCUAUGGGCUCAUAAAUGCACAAGGGAGUUGCUUUCCCCCCUGCAAGUCACGUGCCUCUGUAACAUUCAGGGAGACAGCCAGGGCUCACACCUUUAUAUGCCCAACCUCAGCGUAAAGAAUGGUCAGUUUUUCUGCUACUAUUGCUUUAUUUUUGCCAGUCUUAUUUUUAAGUCCUUGUGGUUUUCUGGAAUUUUGUAGUCCUAAUUUUGUACUGUGGUAUCCAGAAAAUGUCUCUGACCCCUUUUACGCACAAGACAGCUAGAUUUUAUGCCUUUGAAGCUUUUUUUCAUUGUGAGUACCUGUAUUGUUUACAAAACUGCAUACAAAUAGAGAUUUUUAACAGCUUGGCCUCUAAGUCACUGAACGCUGUCAGCUUGACUUCGGUUGGGGAAUGGAAACAGCUGCAAAUAAAGCUGUCGUGAAUGUA